AAUUCUUCUUCUGACCACCGACCGAUUGAGUUUCUCCGAUCAGAUCUCAGUUUCUGGGGAAAAUUUGAAGUGAAAAAAUGGCGCAGCAUCUGUUGCACGGGACUUUACACGCUACAAUCUAUGAAGUUGAUGCCCUCCAUGGUGGUGGAGUCAGGCAAGGCUUCCUUGGCAAGAUUCUGGCAAAUGUAGAAGAGACGAUUGGUGUUGGCAAAGGAGAAACGCAGUUGUAUGCGACGAUUGAUCUGCAAAAAGCUAGAGUUGGGAGAACCAGGAAGAUCAAAAAUGAACCUAAGAACCCAAAGUGGUAUGAAUCGUUUCAUAUUUACUGUGCCCACUUGGCGUCUGAUAUCAUCUUCACUGUUAAAGAUGAUAAUCCCAUUGGUGCCACCCUUAUCGGAAGAGCAUACAUUCCUGUUGACGAAGUCAUCAAUGGCGAGGAAGUGGAUCGGUGGGUUGAGAUCUUGGAUAAUGACAGAAACCCCAUUCAGGGAGGAUCAAAGAUUCAUGUCAAGCUCCAAUAUUUCCAUGUUGAAGAGGAUCGUAACUGGAAUAAGGGUAUCAAAAGUGCUAAAUUCCCUGGAGUUCCAUACACGUUCUUCUCGCAGAGACAAGGUUGCAAGGUUUCUCUGUACCAAGAUGCUCAUAUUCCAGACAACUUUGUUCCUAGGAUUCCUCUCGCUGGAGGGAAGAACUAUGAGCCUCAAAGAUGUUGGGAGGAUAUUUUUGAUGCUAUUAGCAAUGCAAAACACUUGAUCUACAUUACUGGUUGGUCUGUUUACGCUGAGAUUGCUUUAGUGAGGGACUCGAGGAGGCCUAAGCCUGGAGGUGAUGUGACCAUUGGUGAGCUACUCAAGAAGAAGGCUAGUGAAGGUGUCAGGGUUCUUUUGCUUGUUUGGGAUGACAGAACUUCUGUUGAUGUGCUGAAGAAAGAUGGGCUCAUGGCUACUCAUGAUGAAGAGACUGAGAAUUUUUUCAGGGGAAGUGAUGUUCAUUGUAUUCUGUGCCCUCGUAACCCUGAUGACGGUGGUAGCAUAGUGCAAAGUUUGCAGAUCUCUACUAUGUUCACGCAUCAUCAGAAGAUUGUUGUUGUGGACAGCGAGAUGCCAAGCAGAGGAGGAUCAGAAAUGAGGAGAAUUGUGAGUUUUGUUGGUGGUAUUGAUCUCUGUGAUGGAAGGUACGACACUCCGUUCCAUUCCUUGUUCAGGACAUUGGACACUGUCCACCAUGAUGACUUCCAUCAACCUAACUUCACUGGUGCUGCUAUCACUAAAGGUGGUCCAAGGGAGCCUUGGCAUGACAUUCACUCCCGUCUUGAAGGUCCAAUUGCUUGGGAUGUCAUGUACAACUUCGAGCAGAGAUGGAGCAAGCAGGGUGGUAAAGACAUUCUGGUUAAGUUGAGAGAUCUUAGUGAUAUUAUUAUCACCCCUUCUCCUGUUAUGUUCCAAGAGGACCACGAUGUGUGGAAUGUCCAAUUGUUUAGGUCCAUUGAUGGAGGAGCUGCUGCUGGGUUUCCUGAGUCGCCUGAAGCUGCUGCGGAAGCCGGGCUUGUAAGUGGGAAAGAUAACAUCAUUGAUAGGAGUAUCCAAGAUGCUUACAUUCACGCAAUCAGACGGGCUAAGGAUUUCAUCUACGUUGAAAACCAGUACUUCCUUGGGAGUUCUUUUGCUUGGGCCGCCGAUGGUAUUACUCCUGAGGACAUCAAUGCCCUGCACUUAAUCCCAAAAGAGUUAUCGCUGAAGAUUGUUAGCAAGAUCGAGAAAGGAGAGAAGUUCAGGGUGUAUGUUGUGGUUCCAAUGUGGCCAGAAGGUCUCCCAGAGAGUGGAUCAGUGCAAGCUAUAUUAGAUUGGCAGAGGAGGACCAUGGAGAUGAUGUACAAGGAUGUGAUUCAGGCUCUCAGGGCCCAAGGUCUUGAGGAAGAUCCAAGAAACUAUCUGACAUUCUUCUGUCUCGGAAACCGUGAGGUCAAGAAAGAUGGAGAGUAUGAGCCUGCUGAGAAACCAGACCCCGACACAGAUUAUAUGAGGGCGCAAGAAGCCCGCCGCUUCAUGAUAUACGUCCACACCAAAAUGAUGAUCGUUGACGAUGAGUAUAUUAUUAUCGGGUCAGCUAACAUCAACCAGAGGUCAAUGGACGGUGCAAGAGACUCUGAGAUAGCAAUGGGAGGUUAUCAACCACAUCACUUGUCCCAUAGACAACCAGCUCGUGGCCAGAUCCAUGGGUUCCGUAUGUCACUCUGGUACGAACACCUGGGAAUGCUCGAUGAAACCUUCCUCGACCCCUCAAGCUUGGAAUGCAUCGAGAAAGUUAACCGCAUUUCUGACAAGUACUGGGACUUUUACUCAAGUGAGUCACUUGAACAUGACCUUCCCGGUCACUUGCUCCGCUACCCGAUUGGUGUAGCUAGCGAAGGUGACAUCACUGAGCUUCCAGGAUUCGAAUUCUUCCCGGACACAAAGGCCCGUAUCCUCGGCACCAAAUCAGACUACCUGCCUCCAAUCCUUACAACCUAAUCUCACUACGCAUGUCGAGUAAUGAUCUCUCUCUCUCUCUCUCUGCUUUGCUGCUGUUGUAGCUUUGAAUAAACUUGAGUGUCUACC